UCAAAACAAAGUGCUACCCGCAAUCAAUGGGAAAAUCGAAAUAACUCAAUCAAAUCAAUCCAAAAUGCCUCCAAAAUCAUCAUCAAAGAAAACACAAGUUUUGUGGUUUUUCUGUGAAAAGUGCAAAGUGACAGUUACGGGUCGUGAUAAAGAUAAUCACGCGCAAGUGUGUCCUAUUGCGAGCGACAAUUUGUUCAAGGAGUCGUACGUGAGGAAUGAAGUGCUUUUUACGACAACGGUCCAGGCGAAGAGCCCAGUGGAGCAGCUAAAGGAUACACCGCAGCGGCUGCAAAAUCAAUUGAUUUUCAUUAGUGAGGGCGUGAUUAGGUUAUGCCACUUUGUUAUUGGCGACCAUGUUGUCAUCAGUUCAAAUGAAAACUCCGAGAUGGCGCCGAUAACGCGGUUGGUGUGGCCUGUGCCGGAGAAAUUGCUAGAUACGGUUUUCGUCACGGCUGAAGAUCUUGAAACAAACUGGUCUCGCUUCAAAAAUCAACAAAUCAGGAUCGAAAAACUUCCUUCGGAUCCAAUACCAGCUGAUUCACUAAUCAUAGAAUAUGCAGAUGAUACCAUAAUGGAUCAAAAGGCCAACGUUGAUAUAUGCAGACUUCUUCAAAGUCAACUCCGCCACCAAGUCAUAAGCAAAGGACUGCCCAUAAAAUUAAAUUUUUACAAUAAGACAUUAACUUUCACAGUAUCGGAUAUCCGGUUCUCAAGGAUCUACCAAGAAGGACAUCAAGCUGAGAGCACACUAGAACAGCAAAUGAAGCGUUUAGAAUUGCACGAUAAAGGGGACGCAACGAAGGAUGAUAAUAAAACCGAAGUCAAUUUCUUUUUGAUCACAAAGAAGACAAAAAUUACGAUAUCAAUGCCACAGGACGAGAUAAAAUCGGCCGACAGCUCCCAUGAAAAGAUAACCACGCAAGAUAUUGGCGGAUUAGAUGAGGUUAUUGCGAAAAUACGCGAGCCAAUGAAUAUAGCUCUCGGGCUGCAGGAAGUCCCUGCGGGAUUUAAAAUAGGUCGGGGAUUGCUUUUAUUCGGUCAUACAGGAUGCGGAAAGACAAUGAUUUGCGAAGCGCUCGCAAAUGAAUUGGAAGGUGUGGAAGUGUUGAAAAUUAAUGCCAGCGAGAUAUUCAGUAGAUAUUUCGGCGAGACCGAGAGAAAUCUUCAAAGGGAAUUUGAGAAGGCUGGAGAGUAUUUUCCGAGUCCAUGCUUGAUUAUCAUUGAGGACUUGAAUAAUCUUUGCCCCAAACAUGAAACGAAUGAUGUGGUGAAGCGCGUUUCGGCCGCCUUUUUGAAUAUUCUCGAUAAUUUACAUUUGAAACCUAAAUUUGGGAAGACGUUUGUGUUGGCAACCAGUUCGAAUCUAGAUAAUUUAAACCCUGCAGCUCGGAGAUGUGGUCGAAUUGACAUUGAAGUGGAGGUGAACGUUCCCGACUCGAAAGGGCGACAUGAGAUUUUGAAGAAGUAUUUACACAAAGUGGGUCAUAUACUGAGCGAUAGGGAUGUCCUGGAUAUUGCUUCGGUUACCCAUGCAUUUGUUGGUACUGAUUUGGUAAACUUGGUUUCAAAAGCGGCAGUUUUAGCUCUUAAUCAAAAGGAGAAUGAGAAAGCAUCGGCAGGUGGAGUUUUGCAAGAUAAUCGGAUAACAGUCGAGCAUGUAAACUCGGCUUUGCAUUAUGUGAAGCCAAGCGCAAUGCGUGAAGUUUUAAUUGAAAAUCCCAACGUUCGAUGGGACGAUAUCGGAGGUCAGAAGGAUCUCAAACUCAAAUUAAAACAGGCUAUCGAAUGGCCUUUGCUAUACCCGGAGAAGCUACGAAAACUGGGCAUUAGACCUCCUCGUGGUAUAUUGAUGUUCGGUCCGCCCGGAUGUUCGAAAACGAUGAUUGCUAAAGCUCUAGCUACGGACAGCAAAGUAAAUUUUCUCUCGAUAAAAGGACCUGAACUGUUCUCCAUGUGGGUUGGCGAAUCUGAACGUGCUGUUCGAGAAUUAUUCCGUAAAGCUAGGCAGGUGGCUCCAUCGAUUAUAUUUUUCGAUGAAAUCGAUGCGAUUGGCGGUGAACGGUCGUCAGAUAGUGGCUCCUCAGUGAAGGAGCGCGUUCUUGCGCAAAUUUUAACUGAAUUGGAUGGCGUUGAUUCCUUGAAUAAUGUAACAAUUGUAGCUGCUACCAAUCGUCCUGACAUGAUUGAUAAAGCAUUAAUGAGACCUGGGAGGAUAGAUAGAAUUGUCUACGUUCCGUUGCCUGAUAGCGAUACGAGACGAGAGAUUUUUGCUAUUAAAUUGAAAACGAUGCCAUUGGACGCAAGUGUAGAUAAGGAAGAAUUAGUGAGAAGAACCGAGGGAUAUUCAGGAGCUGAAAUUCAAGCUGUUUGUCACGAAGCUGCAUUGCAUGCCCUUGAGGAAAACAUUGACGCUGAGAUGAUUGUAUGGGAAAAUUUCGAACGUGCUCUAGCACUUGUGCAGCCCCGAACAGAUUCGAAACUGUUGAAAUUAUAUGACGACUAUUUGAAACAAAGUUUGAGAUGAAGUGUUAAGA